GAUGGCGGCGGAAUUAAACAGAAUGCUAAAACCAGCUUUACGCACAUUUUUAAUGGAAAGAGGAAUGACUGUAUCAGAUUAUAGUGUUCAACAGCUGAGAGAACUUGCCUUUAAAGCUGUUGAACUGGAUUUACCGGUAAUAUCAACACCAGAUGACACAGACUCGUUUCUUCAAUUUAGGAGUACUGUUGUAUUAAAUGGAGAAAAAGUAACUUUUCCGACUGUCUUUCAGUGUGAGCAGAAGGGGUGGACAGAUGAUUUAAAGAGUGUCCCAGUAUUUUCUAUGGCAGACGUUUUUGCCUAUCUUGUUUCGUUUGCUAAAUGGACACCAUCACGAUUGAGAACCUACAAGAAUGAGAGAGGCUUCCGACUUUCAAAGUCAAAUCAUAUUUCUUCUGCUGAAAUCUUCAAGUUACCACAUGAACACUUUUACAUAAAAGCGAGUUGCAUCAGAGAAACAUCACAGAAAGCUGAUCCCUACAUGACUUGGUGUUUGGUUAAUUCUGAAGGUGUGUGCAUAUCAGCAGGAUGUCAUUGCACAGCGGAUGAUGGAGGAUGUAAGCAUGUUGUGGCACUGCUAUUUUGUCUAGCAAACUGGUCUGACAGACACAUUGAUAGAAACACAGAGACAUGUACAGAUACCAAAUGUGGUUGGGAUAUUCCAAGAAAGGUAUCUGUUCCUAUGAAACUGGAUAGUAUAGAACAUUCAGUAAAUCCCAGGGUACAGCCAUUUGAACAUGUGUAUGACCCAAUAAACCAUGAUGACAACAUGGCUGAUGUAGAAUUUGAAGCAGGUCUCCACAACUUAAUUCAAGGUCAUGACACCCAGAUUAUUGAAGUGCUUGAUAAAUCUGAAGACAGUUUAACCAUGCCUAAAUCUAUCAUUGAAUCAGCAGAAGACUUCUUGGAAAAUUCUUCUUUUUUGGAAUACCUCAAAUCAAAAGUGAACCAGGAUGACUGUGAUCAAAUUUAUUCUUUGACAGAAGGUCAGUCUGAUAAUCAGAAUUGGUAUGAGUACAGGCUAGGUAGGAUUACUUCAUCAAUCAUUCCUCUUGUGUAUCACUAUCAGGGUAAUGAUAAAAACAAUUACAUUGUCAGACAGAUAUUGGACAAAAACAACAAUUUUUCAACUCCUGCAAUGAUUUAUGGGAAAGAAAGGGAGCAUCUUGCAAGAGACUUAUACAGCAAGGAAUAUACUUCUCAACAUGAAAAGGCUGUAGUUGAACUAUCAGGACUGAUAAUAAACAAAGAUAUUCCACAUCUAGGAGCUUCUCCAGAUGCUAUUGUUAACUGUAAAUGUUGUGGGAAAGGCAUUGUAGAAAUUAAGUGUCCAUACACAUUCAAAAAUCUAACAUUAGAUGAAAUCAGUGAAAAAAAAUAUCAUCUUACCAAAACGUCUGAUGGUGUCAUUGAAUUAAAGAAAACUUCAAAUUGGUAUAUACAGAUUCAAUCUCAAAUGGCAAUUUCUAAUUUACAAUGGUGUGACUUUGUACUUUAUCUUGAAGGAAGUAUUAAAACAGAGAAGCACAAAUUACAUGUUGAGAGAAUAACAUUUGAUCCCCAGUUGUGGACUAGUGUAUUGGACAAAGUUAACUUGUUUUACAGUAAAUAUGUUGUCCCUAAAUUAAUCCAGGAUUAAUAAUCACAGAUCUUAGCAUGCUGAGCAUAUAAUAUACUGAUAAUAAAUUAUUUUAUUAAUGUUCAGUGAACUGUGUUAUUAGUUCAAUUACAGAAACAGUCAAUGUGCAUGUAAAAUUUGUAAUGGUGACUACUCUAAUAAUAUUUGGGUCUUUUAAAAUUAAUAUUUUUAUAUUACUGUUUUAUUGAUGUUGAAAAUCAUAAAAAAAAGUGAUAUUAAAUUGCAGUUAACAAGUACUGUUUUCAAAUUCAUAUCGUUUGUUUUAACAUAUAUUUAAAUUAGAUGUAUAAAUACAUGA